AGUCGCGAACGCUGUCAGUGAGCGUCAGUCUCGAAGGAGUGGUCCUGCCCGUAUCCUCGUUCGCGACAGGAUCCUUCUUUGUGAAAACAUCAUUCGUUCUUACUCCUCUUACAUUCGCUCGCACUUUUCUCCACGGGAUCCAAAUCAUCUUCUCGUCGUCGAAUAACGAGCCAUCGAAAUUUCUUUGCCGAUAAAACCGACCGAUCCAAGUGGAAACGCGAGUGAACACGGAACCGUGAUUUCAUUGUCCAUCGGAUCUCUUGCGCAAGCAAACGAUCUGUCGAUCUGGUCGUCGUGUGUCUUCUACGUGACUUCUUGAGAAAACAACAUUCCUCGAUCUAAAACGCCGAGGAAACUUGGAUUUCCAUCGAUCAGAGAUAACGAGCUUUAGGUACGGGAGCAAUGAAAAGUGAUAAAGCUGAAAACGAUAGGAUUUGAGCGGAGAAGUACGCGAGACAGAUUCGAGGCGGUGAAAAAGAUCGAACAGUUUACCCGUUAUUGCAGAAUCGAGAGGUCCGAUUCGUAUCGAAAGGAAUCGAGCCGGGACUAAGAAUAGCGCGUCAUUGUUCUGCUUCGUGACAGACCUGGAAUUAGCCGCUCGAAAAUCGCGCAACUCGCAGUUUUCCAUCGCUGCCGGCUGUCGUUUACGCGCUGUCCUGAAGCAUGAACCGGUGGGGAGUCGCUGGAACUUUUCGACGAACGCUGGACUCGUCGAUUCGUUCCAAAAGCAAUCCAGGUAGUUCUCAGAGACACGUGUUUCCCAGCGUCUUUUAUACGGCUCGAAAACGCCCGAUCCUUUAAGAGUUCGACAGUUCCGACUCGAAGGGCUGUUGCAAAGCCAAACAAAAAGGACGAAACGAUCGGGGGAAACGUUCGUCGAUCUUCCCACUGGAUGAACGCCAGAUCAACGUCGAAGUUGUCGUUCCCACGAUCAAAUUUACGGAGGGUUUCCAAACGAACGAGCGGCAGGAACCCUGGUGAUUCUUAACAGCCCGUACAAUCUACGUUCCUAUCCCGAAGCGAAAAAUGCGAGCUGGAGGCGUUGGAAAAUGUCCAGCGCGGUGAAUCAUGUCCAAGGUCGCCCACUGGAUCAAACGUUUCCAACUAUCGUCUCGGAGCAACGUUCCGACGAGUCUCUUGCUAUCUGAUCUCGUUCAACGACCAAGAUUCGUCGCUCUGUCUGUAAAAGUCUCUCGUGCUUGAACAACGAACUACGAGAAAGAAUACUCCGUUUCCUAGUUUUUCGUCAAUCUCGAAGGAAGCUCUGAAAGAGGUGGGAAUUCUGGAAAUCCCGAGAUUCGUCCGACCAUGAAAGUGAGAAGUUAUCCUGGCAGAGCGGUGUUGGAGGACCCAGAGUUGCUGUUGGACCCUGACGCGACUCGAGGAAGGGCGAUGGAGCUUCUUUACGAGGCCAGCUGGCGCGAGUGUGGCGUCAAUUGGGCAAGUAACGCAAGAAGCAAACCUGCGUCGAGGGAGGACGAGUACAGACAACCUUAUGCCGAGGUGAUCUCCCAGCUGGAGGGUGUUCUGGAUGGUAGCCGCGUUGACUCGUCGGCCAGGGAGGAUUGCGAGUCGAGGAAAUCGAGUAACAUCAGCACGACCGACAGUGAAUCGAGCGAAUUGAAUCAAAGAGGGAAUAGUCAAGGUGGAUUUCUCAUACCCAGACCGAGACUGAUCGUACCGGUUCACACCUACGCCAGGAGGCGACGAACCGGCGCUCCUCCGCCGGUUAGGAGACGACAUAUACGCGAAGAGGGUAAAGUGGAAGUGUCUCGCGAUGGCAAAUACUUGAGCACUCUGGCACCGGGCAAGGUGCUCGGUGAGCUGGCAAUUCUUUACAAUUGUAAGAGGACAGCGACGAUAACAGCGGCUACAGAUUGCCAGCUAUGGGCCAUCGAUCGGCAAUGCUUCCAAACGAUUAUGAUGAGAACCGGCCUCUCGCGGCAGGCCGAAUACACGGAUUUCUUAAAGAGCGUUCCUAUCUUCAAGAAUUUGCCCGAGGAGACUUUAAUCAAAAUUUCAGACGUAUUGGAAGAGACCUUUUACAACAAUGGGGAUUACAUAAUCAGGCAAGGAGCAAGAGGAGACACGUUUUUCAUAAUAAGCAAAGGGCAAGUUCGCGUGACGAUAAAGCAGCCCGAUACUCCGGAAGAAAAGUACAUCAGGACGUUAAGCAAAGGCGAUUUCUUCGGCGAGAAGGCGCUUCAAGGAGACGACCUGAGAACGGCCAACAUAAUCGCCGACGAUCCGGAAGGAGUGAGUUGCUUGGUGAUAGACCGUGAAACGUUCAAUCAGCUAAUCUCGUCUCUGGAUGAAAUUCGUACGCGGUAUAAAGACGAGCUCGUGGAACGUAGAAGGUUGAACGAGGAAUUCAGAGAUUUAAGGCUACAAGAUCUUCGACCACUGGCUACUCUAGGUGUAGGCGGUUUCGGAAGAGUCGAAUUGGUUCAAAUAGUCGGGGACAGCAGUAGAUCCUUCGCUCUAAAACAGAUGAAGAAAGCCCAGAUCGUUGAAACACGACAACAGCAACACAUUAUGUCGGAGAAAAGAAUUAUGGGUGAAGCUGAUUGCGACUUUGUCGUGAAGCUGUUCAAAACGUUCAAAGACAGGAAAUAUCUUUAUAUGCUGAUGGAAGCUUGCCUUGGUGGCGAACUCUGGACUGUUCUAAGGGACAAAGGUCAUUUUGACGACGGCACGACACGAUUUUACACCGCUUGUGUCGUCGAAGCUUUCGAUUAUCUUCACUCUAGGAACAUUAUAUACAGAGAUCUCAAACCGGAGAAUCUUUUGCUUGAUAGUCAAGGAUACGUAAAACUGGUUGACUUUGGUUUUGCCAAGCGUUUGGAUCACGGGAGAAAAACGUGGACUUUCUGUGGUACACCCGAGUAUGUUGCACCGGAAGUUAUUUUAAACAAGGGACACGAUAUCAGUGCCGAUUACUGGUCCCUUGGUGUACUGAUGUUCGAACUUCUCACGGGUACACCGCCAUUCACUGGUGGCGAUCCAAUGAAAACUUAUAACAUUAUUUUAAAAGGAAUCGACGCUAUAGAAUUUCCUAGAUCGAUCACACGAAAUGCAACUGCGUUGAUUAAAAAGCUGUGCAGGGAUAAUCCUGCAGAGCGUCUUGGAUACCAAAAAGGUGGCAUUAGCGAAAUACAAAAACAUAAAUGGUUCGACGGGUUUAACUGGGAAGGCCUCAGAUCGAGAACUCUUGAACCUCCAAUCAUGCCACGAGUUCAAAGUGCCACCGAUACAACGAACUUUGACGAGUAUCCUCCGGAUUCAGAUCCUCCUCCUCCUGACGACUUAUCCGGCUGGGAUAAUGAUUUUUAAUCGAUAUUUAAUUUAUUUGUUCAAAGAAAUCGUUAUUUUCGAAAGAGAAAAAGUGAGAAAUGUUGGAAAAAGCUUCGGCUCGUGUCGCAAGAAUCGCAAGAUAAUUGGAAGGUCGGUGGAGAACGUGACCAUCAGCAUCCGCAUUUAUUCAACGAGCUGGUACUAUGUGAUGUUUAGAUAAUUGUUUAAAAUAACAUCGAUCGCCGAAUACUAUAAUACAAAGAAAACGAAACUGGCCUGUGAUACGAUAAUUAGGCCGUUGAAAAUUAGCUUUUCCAAACUUUUCGAGUCUAUCGAAUGAUCCAUAGAUUCGAACAUAGAGAAGAUUAUCUUUUUACCGUACUAUCUAACGAGAAAUAUGAAUUUUCAAGACGUCGGCCAAAAUAUUAUUGGCAUGAAUUAAACAUGCGUCUAAUUUAGGAAAAUCUUUACACACACGAGCUCGCGUUCGAUAAGAUUAGAACUCGAACGUGGCAUCGUGAGACGCGCACGAAUGCGUUAAGUGCCAUACCUAACAAAGGUAAGAGUCGAAUACGAUACGUGUGUACGAAGCGUCCACCUGAACGUGCACGAUGUACAGUGAACUUAAAUUGUAAGAGACAUCUUGCCAUCGAAAUUGCAAAGUCGUGCACACAGUUUUACAGAAUGAAGUAUGUCGGAUUCUUCUAGCGUCCGAUUCAUUGUUGUUUGAUUUACUCUAUAGUUUAUUGUAAUAAUUCUAUUUUAAUUAAUCAUGCGAAAACGUGACUCCUGUAAAUAAUUGACUAUAAAUAAAUAUAUAUAUAUAUAAUAUAAAAAUAUAUAUAUAUACUUAGCAAUUCAAUGUAUAUCGAUUAUAAAUAAAGUUUUAUUAAUGCUAA